AUGAAACCGUACGCAGCCUGCACGACCGCUGUGCUUGCCUUGCUGCUGGCCGGUACUGCCCAGGCGCAGUUAAGAGACGGCCGAGCACAAAGCCUGGACCUUCUCCGCAUGCUCACUGACAAACCAUGGAUCGGACUCGGACCCCACAACCGCUGGGACAGGGCACCUCGUAUUGACAUGGAUUUAGGAUACACGGGCUUAGGACCUCACCUGCCUCCGGUACAGGUUGCUGAGGAUAGGAAUUACCUUGAUGAUGAGAUCAGGGGCGUGUCAGAAAAGCGAUCCGCCGUGGCGACAGCAUUAAACUCGGGUCGCCGGAGACGGCAGCCGACUCCGGCGCUUGGUAAGGCAGUCACGCCGUAUGUCGGCGUCGGCGUGCUAAAUGACAUGGGCUCAUUCUUCGACUCCCUACGUGACAAUCUGGAGACGCUGGUGUCCCUCUCGCCACAGGAACGCUCCACACUCUUCCAGGACCCACCGUCUGUUGUACCCGCACCGGCUUCCAAUACCGGUGGUGGCGGCAGUGGCAUUAGGAAGUUGUACGCACUCCGCCCUCUCAGACCUACCGGCAACAUCAGAUCUUACAACCGCAGAUCUCUCGUGGAGGCGGACGGUGGCUACCCGGGUGCCAACCACCAUGACCCUGGCCUGCUGUGGACCGGACUCGGCCGGUAG